GAAAACCUGCCAUCUAAUGGACCUGUGUGCCCUCUCUGUCUUCCUGAGUAAGAAAGUCCGCUGUCAUGAAGAUGGAAGCGCCCACGCCCAAAUCGACAAAGUCCCGGAGGCGAGACACCGACGACAGCCGAGCGGAGAGAAAGAGGAUCCAGGACCGCCUAGCCCAACGGGCCACGCGUGAAAGGACCAAGAACCGCAUCGCCUAUCUCGAGCAGCGUCUCAGCAGCCUCGAGGCCGGCGACAAGGACGGCGAGAUCACCAACUUGACGCGCAUCAUCGACAACCUGCGCAAUGACAACAAUCGCCUUCGAAAUGCAUUGGUCAAGAUGCGCACCGUCAUUGACCAGGCCGUGCUGGCGCCGGACUCGUCCAGUGAGGCUCAACCAGACACCAGGCCUUGCGGGUGCAACAUGCAGUCCGCUUGCACCUGUGCUCAGACACCAUUCCCCGCGGCCACCCCUGCUACGGCAUUCGAAGACCCAAAUGCUGCAUUUCGCCACACUUCCGUCUCUUCGACCGACACUUCAGAGGUCACCGAGGUGAUCAACGGCCACAGCCUUGGCCUCAACGUGGAUGUCUCACAACCCGAUACCAUGGGCUCCGUGACAGGCCUUGAGGACUUUUUCGACUUCAACCCGAACUCGCUGCUUGAGAUGUUUGAGAUGGGUAGUACCACGGGCUUCAAUGGAUGGCAGCCACAGACACCCUCUCCAUUCGACUAUCGCUUUCCUUCGUCAGAUGCUGUUGUAAAGGUCGCUCCCGACGUCGACAAAUGGCACGUAUCCAACGGAGCGUUUAUCAGUUGCUUAGACAGCGUCAAGCAGCACACGGCAUCGACCGCCACCCUCGACAUGCACGUGCCGUUCAAGGCCGCCAUUUGGGGGUGGGACAAUGUUGGUCCGGAAGCUCAGCACCCUGUAUGGAAUGCGCUGCGGCAGGUUGACCAGAGAGUGUUUGGCACAUGGACGUCCAAGGCGCAGAGAAUCGCUUUGAUGUACGUCUGCCAGACACUGAUCCAAUACCGAGAGAAUCCGACUCGAGAGAACCUGGAACGGGUGCCAGUCUUUCUACGGCCUAGACCAUCACAAGAAAGGGUGCAACACCCAGCGGUCAUAGAUUUUCUCAUAUGGCCCGGACUCCGGGAUCGACUCGUCUUCGAGCACAAGAAAUAUACGUCAACCGGCGACUUCUCAGCCGCAUUUGUCGAGAACUUCAACUUCUACUGGCCGUAUUCAGACCGUGAUAUCUUCGCGUACAAUCCGGUCCAGAACCGCUACGAAGUAUCCAAGAUCUUCCUCGAGUACGCGUACAACUUCAAGAACUGGACCAUGAAGCCGGGCUUCUUCAAGAAGUUCCCCGAGAUGCAGCACGACAUCGCGGCUUUUGAAGGGACCAUGGACUUUCCGAAGGCGAGCUGGUCAACGUGAGAAAAGGGAGUCACCCAUCUGGUGGGUUUCGCUCUUCGAUAGACUGCCCCCCAAGUGAUGCGUUUUCGGGUCCAAGAUAUCGGCAGCAGCUCCGCGACUGGCCAUACGGAUCCGUCUCUCGCCGCCAGCGACCGAUCAACUCGAUGAGCGACGACCUAGGCAAGUCAUGUGCAGGGACUGCUGGCGAGGACUUCCACGUAAAGGGCACCUUGCGCACUACCUGCAAUUAUCACGCAGGAACACGUCUAGAACUAAAGGUGUACGAGGGCAGGUACACCUUAAUCACCUGUGUCGCCUGACCAAAGGAACUUGAUGUGUCUCUACCAGACGACAUCAGAUGCUGCAUUGAAAAUUCACGCCUUCACAGCGCGAUGAGUACGUGAGUCUCGUGCCGUCAUGUCUGAAGAGGUGGCCAGCGUAUACGUCAGCACGACAAAGGGAACUACGCCCUUAAACCGUCGACUGCGAAUAGAGACAGGUCAGAGUGGACGGCAGAUCGGAGCUCAGGAUCGUGGAUCCGAAGUCGGGAAGGGGUGGGAGCAUGGGGUCUAUGCUCAAACUAGUCCCAUGUUCAAGAGCUGAAAUGCCCAUGUCGCCGAUGCUGCGCUGUUGCUGCGAGGGAGGCACAUAUUUUUACACAAGCUCAUCACAUACAAGCAGCUACCAUAAAGAAAGAGAGUCUUCAAGACGAACGCUCUUUAAAAGGCGCAUGCAUGAUCUAAAUGGACGAGAUCUG